AUGCAGCUCUCAAAUAUCUUCACCGUUGCUACACUCGUCACAGCCAUCACUGCCACCUAUGUAUCUUUCGAUCCAGGCUACGACGAUGCUUCACGAUCUCUUCGAGAUGUAUCUUGCUCUGAUGGCCUCAACGGACUCAUAACCAAGUAUCACUGGGAAACCCAGGGCCAAAUCUCCCGCUUCCCAUACAUUGGCGGCGUUCAGGGUACUACAUGGAACUCUACGUUGUGCGGCGCCUGCUACAAGCUAGAGUAUGCUGACAGAAGCAUACAUGUAUUGGGAAUAGAUGCUGUCUAUAAUGGCGGUUUAAAUAUUGGCCUCCAUGCCUUGAAUGAUCUCACUAAUGGCAAUGCUGUCGCAUGGGGACACGUGGAUGCUACUGUUACUCAGGUCUCUGGACGGGGCUGUGGCCUCCCAAAUGCACAUAAAGCAAAUUAA